AAAAUCAGGUUCAUUUAUGAUAACUUAAACUAGUGACCUUAUACACUCGCUACGGUGGAAUCUAAGAUUAAAGAAGUAGUUCAGACGCCUUCGCAAAGAUAGCGUGCACGUGCAAAAGGUGAUGACGUCAGUCAAUAUUCCUUCCACCCACCCGGCAGGGACGUUACCCGGCGUGAUUCAUGGGAACCCGGCUACCAGCCACAUGGGGCUUAUCGUUUUACAGGAAUGGUGGGGAAUGAACGAACAAAUCGUUAGAACUGGUCGUGAGUUGGCGGAAAUGGGCAGAUUCGCUACUCUGGUUCCCGAUCUAUAUCGAGGGAAGAUCACAAAGGACUAUGAAGAGGCCGGUCACCUGAUGAGCGGGCUGGAUUGGCCUGGAGCCGUUGAGGACAUCCGAGCUGCCGCCUGCUUUCUUAUGGGCAAAGGAUGCAGAAAGGUUGGCGUGACAGGCUUCUGCAUGGGCGGGGCUUUAUCAAUUGCUGCCGCCGCAUUGGUCGGGGAGAUCUCAGCCGCCGCUCCAUUCUACGGAAUCCCGAAGGCGGAGCUAUGUAAAGUGCGUACCAUCAAUAUCCCCGUGCAGGCACACUUCGGUGACCAGGACACAGUCCACGGGUUCUCGGCGCCAGAGGACGCUCAGGCAUUCAAGGCUGCCAUGGACAAAAAGCUGGGCUUUGAGUUCUACAUGUAUGCUGCUGGCCAUGGAUUUACUAACCCGGAACACCCGACCAAUUACAACAAAGAGUGUGCUGACCUCGCCUUAUCACGGACUGUUAAGUUCAUGCAACGCCUUCUACAGACGGCUAAUGUGUAGGCUAGCCAUGGUUUCAUAAAGACUCAAUAUAUACUUAUUCAUCGUAUGAAUGAUUGGAUUGUUAAUGUCAUUCUAAACUAAGUAAUGACGUCAGAGUUACGUCAUAGCUACUUCCA